AUGCCAGGUAAAACAAGAAAGCCCAAAGUUUUCAACACUCUGAAAUUAGAUGAACCUAACAGAGGAAGAGUUAACGUUGAUCUACAUGAAGAGAUCCAGGAACCACUUCAGAAUGUCGUUUCUUUCGUCCAAGUAAGUGUUUUAUUACUACUGUAUUUCAACUUGUCCUUAGGAAAGGUAUCCCGGCUUCUUCGAGUGCCCUGAAAAGUGUGAAAAAUAUGAGUUUGAGAUUGGAUCACAAGAAGAUGGAUUCCCUCCAGUCCUUGAUCUUAGCGCUUACUUCAGAGGUGAUGAACCACGGAAACCGUUCCCAGGAAAAAGUAUUUUCCUUACGGAAUACGAAAGAUUGAACGGGGAGAUUAAAGAUGGUAAGCCGUGUUUUAGCAGAAUUUGUAUGUUUUAGAGGCCAUUGAUUCGAAUAUUCCUGAACAGAAAGAAGACUACAAUGAUAUUGAAGCGGAGAAUUGGAAGAAAAUAAAGGCAAUGGAUGAUUAUGAGAUUGAAAAAGCUAGGCAAGAGAUAUAUGAAAGGCUGAGUAAAGAAUCUAUAGAUUUUUUGAAGAACCGAGCAAAAGAAAAUAAACUGAAUAAAGGUAUGUCUCAAUUACCUUUCCUGUUUUAUAAUUUUAAUUGAAAUUUGUACAAUUUUUUUUAAUUACUUUAGUGUCACUUUUUAAACAACAAAGGCAAGGCUUGGCAAAAAAGGAAACACCUGGAACCAGUAAAAAAUUGGAAGAACAUCUUGUUAAGAACCUUGAAGUGAUAUCAGAUAAAAUGGAAGAUAAUCCAGACACAAUGGAAUCUUUGGAAAGGUUGGCUAUGGAUCCAAUUCAUAUGGAUUUUGCUUCCAAGUACAUGAAGUCUGUGUUGCCCAGACAAGAACAGAAUAUGGUUCUUUUGUUCGAGAAAUUGAAAGUACCAAACAAGUAGGAUCCAAUUGAAGUAACUAUUUUUGUUAUCCUUUCCAGAAAUUACGAUGGAAAUGAUAAAUUAGUAAACAAGGCCCGAGAGAAUUUGGAUGAGAUCAGUAAUCUCUUUUUGGAGGAAUUGUAA